GUACUUGGCCUACAAAUUCUUCUUUCGAGCCGGAAAGGACCUCAAGAAAUAUGGAGAGUGGGCAGUUGUGACUGGAGCCACGGAUGGUAUCGGCAAAGCCUAUGCUUUCGAGCUCGCAGCUCAAGGGCUGAAGGUGCUGCUCGUGGCACGCAGCGAGGAGAAGCUUGCAGACACAGCGAAGGAGCUGAAAAGUGCCCGCUCAGGUGCGACUGUGGACGUGCUGCAGGUCGACUUUUCCAAAUUCGAUGCCUCGGCUCGAGCCAUGGUGAAAUCCAAGCUGGCCCCGCUGGACAUUGGAAUUCUUAUCAACAAUGUCGGGAUGUCCUACCCUUUCACGAAAUACUUCCACGAGCUCAAAGACUCUGAAGUUGCGGACAUCAUGCAGGUCAACAUGGACUCCAUGACGUGGAUGACUCGCAUUGUCCUUGGAGAGAUUGACGAGGACCUGAAGCCCAAGAGCGGGAUGCUUUUGCGCAAGCGUGGCGCCAUCAUCAACACCUCCUCUGGAGGGGCUCGGACGACUUCGCCACUGCUGGCAGAGUAUUCUGCAGCCAAGGCGUACGUGGAAAAGUUCUCGCAAGGCCUUGCUGCCGAGUUGGCACCAAAGGGCAUCGACGUGCAGGCACAAACACCGCUGUUUGUCACGACGAAGAUGGCCAAGAUCAGGAAGGCCUCUAUGACAGUGCCAACGCCGGAGGACUACGUGAAGUGUGCUGCACGUCAGAUAGGGUAUGAUCCAGUGAUCUCACCAUGGCCGCCAGCCUGCACAGAUACACUAUCGUCACUGUCUUCGUUUUCGCGACCCGACCGACAGAGAGAGAGAGAGACAGCGACAGAGCGAGAGACAGAGAGAAAGAGCAGGCUUUCGCGACCGAAAGAGAGACAGCGAGAGAGCGAGAGACAGAGAGAAAGGGCAGACGUGAGCUGA